GCAAGCAAAACCUAGUCUGAGACUAAGGUAAACCGAACUUUGUUGUGUGAUUGUGUCAAAGACUAAGUGCAAGCACAAGUAUCCUUCUCUGAGUUCAUCUCACUCACACUGCAUCUACUUCUCACUCACACUGCAUCUACUUCUUGAGAUAAGGUUGUCUUAGAUUAUGGCAAACUUUAUCAUGUCCAUUAUGACUAAUCUGGGUAAAUAUUUGGCGGAACCAACCAUUCGCGAAAUAAAAGAGAAUUUCUUUACCCACCUCUCUAUGAGGGUCACCUCCAGCGAAAUCCCCCAACACCACUUUUUUGGUGUUUACGGAGAUGCAUUUCCGAAUUUCAUGAAAAUUCAAAACCGUGAUUAUUUCGGAAGUUCUUUUCCGAAAAUAUAUCUGCAUAUACAAUUUUCCCUCAUUCACUAUUUCAUUAUUUUUUUCUCCAAAACUUCUUCAAACCCUCUCCAAAACUCAAUCAAUCUCCAUCCAUUUUCUCGUCUCAAAAUCAAGUUUCAAACCGUUGAUCACGUAAAAGGAAGCAUAGAAAGCUACAAUUUGAGGUAAAGAUCUCUCAUUUCAUCCCCUAUUUCACUACAUUGAUUGAUGAAUUUUCUGCUGAAACCUGCGAUGGUUCGAAAGUUCUUUUCCGAAAUAUGUUACCUAACAAAUUUCGGAAAUGUACUUCCGAAAUAAGCCCUGACAGUUAAAAAAACAGUUUUGGCCAAUUUUGCUAAUUUUUGCAUAUGUUAGGUAUGGUGCAUCCGGACAACAUUGUGCACGACGACGUAGUGGCUAAAGCGGAAGUUAUGUCGAUGAUCGAUGCGGUUGAUGUACAGCAACAAUUUACAAUUGAUCGGAGCUUCGGUAGACGCGAACAAUUGAUUGAUUGGGUUCGUAACGAAGCUAGUAAACUUGGAUUUGGAAUUGUUAUUUUAAGGUCUGACAAUGGAAAUAGUAGGCGGAAAGCUUUUGUUGUUUUGAAUUGCGAACGGGGUGUGAGUUAUGUACAAUCAAACCGGGUGUUAAAACACGAAGACACGGGAUCGAGAAAGUGUGGGUGUCCGUUUAAGUUGCGCGCGACUCGGAGGGUUGUUGAUUUGUGGCGUUUAACCGUCAUUUGUGGAAUUCAUAAUCAUGCCUUGGAUCCCAAGUUACACAGGCAUCCAAUGGCGUGUCGUUUGUCCCGUGAAGAGAAGAUUGUGAUUUCGAAUUUAUCGAUAGUUAAAGUGGCGCCUCGCAACAUACUUGCCGAUUUGAAACGGAAGAAACCGGAUAACGUUUCAAAUAUCAAGCAAGUUUACAAUGAACGACAUAAUCUCAAAGUUUUGAAAAUGGGCCCUCGGGCGGAAAUGCAACAACUUUUGAAACUAUUGGGCGAUAACAAAUAUGUGUCAAGCUUCCGAACGUCCGAGGACAAAGUUACGGUGCGUGAUAUUUUUUGGACUCAUCCCAAAAGUAUCAAAUUAUUCAACACAUUUCCAACCGUUCUUAUCAUGGAUUCGACGUACAAGACAAACAAAUAUAGGCUUCCUCUUCUAGAGAUAGUGGGUGUGACCUCGACGGAUAAGACUUAUUCGGUCGGGUUUGCUUUUUUGAAUUCGCAUCGGGACAUGUACGCCCGACUAUAUGAAAAUUAAAAAAAUUUUGCGAAACUACGUGAUUCACUUGUUCCAUUACUUACUGGUAUCGCUCCGGUUUCAAAGUGGAUGUCAUUCCCCGAUAUAGGUCAUCUAAUAGCAAGUGCAUAUGAUCGGGUGUGUGUCGAUUUGACGAGGUUUGGACUAAGUGAGACUUUUUUUCCACUUCAUAGUCGACCGCCAUUGGACGCGUCGAGCCGCAUCAUAUGCAUCGGGUAUCUAAGAUCGCGGCAUUUUGUCCAAGUGUUUUUCAAACCGGGGUGUCAUAUUCCGGCUACUUCUUGUCAAUGGACGACACAUCAUUCAAAUGAGGCGGAGACUUGGCCGGAUCCUUUCGUUUCAAGAAUGGCGGAGUUUGAAGAAAUGAUGAGCCAAGAGCGUGAGCAAAAUUGAGAGCGGUCGAAGAACAUACUUAUUUUGGAUUUAGGAUCCACCGAUUGGUUCGGUGAAUUUUAGUUUGUUCCGGACCAUUUUUUGUUUGUAAAAACUAUUUUUGUAUGUAUUGUUGUUUAUCAUGUAAAAUCGGACCGAUUCAAUACAUAUAUAAUAUAAGUAUGUUUUAUGUCAUCAAUCUCUAAUUUAUGCCUAUUUUGAAUGCUUUUGGUAUUGUUUACACAAAACACUCAGCAAUGCUUGAAAUGCAAAAUUCACCUCUGUUUCUGCAUAAUUCGGAAAUGAACUUCCGAAAUAUACUUCUCUGCCUCCCAUUUUUGGAAGUUCAUUUCCGAAAAUACCACUGAAUGCAGGAUAAGGUUUGUUGGGCCAUCACUGCUCUAAUAAGUCUAUAAAUAUACACACUCUUCUUCAUCCCUUUCACACCACAAAACACAAAUGACACAAACCUACCCCCACCUAGCAUUCGUCUACUUCACCACCGGCUACCUGAUGUCGUUCCAAUUCCGCUUCUUGCGCGACACGCCGUUUGCGGAGUUGAUAACUUCGCUCAACACACUAUUGAAAUAUCCGGAAAAUCGAAAGGUUGUGAAGCUCGAGUACCGCUCGCCAUCACUUAACGACGACGGAGACAUUGAGAUCACACCUUUUGAGAUCAAGAACGACGAAGAUUUAGCGGUUUUGUGGACAACUUUCGACCGAUUUUCUUCGAAGGGCCCGAUCGAGUUGGACGCGAAACUUCAAAGAUCGGGGGACGACGUUAUCAGAAUGUUGACUCAUCCUCACCUACCCGUGUUCAACAAUAUGUAACUUUAAUCUUCAUCUGAUUAAAUAAAGCGAAUCGUUGUUGUUUGUUAUUUUUCUUCUGUCCAAACCUUAUUUCGGAAGUACAUUUCCGAAUUCUUCCAAGGGGGGUGAAUUCGGAGAUGAACUUCCGAAUACACCAAUUUUUUGGAAAACACCUUUAUUUCGGAGAUGCAUUUCCGAAAUCAAUGUUUUUCAUAAAAAAAACAUGUUUUCGGAGAUACAUUUCCGAAAACACCUUUUUUUCAAUAAAAGUACGUUUUCGGAAAUGUAUUUCCGAAACAAGGGGUAUUUUGGUAAAUACACCAGAGGUGACUAAGAAGGUUAGGAGGUGGGUAAAGAAAUUUCUAAAUAAAAUACCUUCUUUGUGUUGAUAAUACAAUCGAUCUUCUUGAGAGUGAAAGAGAGGCGCUGUCGUCUGAAAGAGACUACUUGCAGACUCGUAUUGCACAAGCAAAGGAAAGAACUGAAGUAAUUGAAAAACCAGUAGAGAAAUGGUUGAACGAUGUGGAAAAUCUCCUUAAAGAGGCGGAGGUUCUUGUACAAAGGACAGAGACAAACCUCAUUUGUUUUCAAGGAUGGUUUCCAACGUGUAAACGGUAUCUUUUGUGCUAGGAAAUGGUAAAAAGAUAGAGGCAAUGGAGAAAUUCAAAGGUAAAAGUAAUGACAUUAAUCCAUUUUCUCAUCUUGCUCCACUACCAGGUAUUCAGUAUCAGUCAUCCAAAGACUUCAUUUAUUUUGAAUCAACAAAAAUAGCUUAUAGUCAAAUCUUGGAAGCACUUGAGGAUGAUAGCGUCUCUAUAAUUGGAGUACAUGGAGAUGGUGGAUGUGGAAAAACAGCCCUUGUAACAGAAGUUGGCAAAAAGGCUGAGGAAUUGGAUAUGUUUGAUUCCUUGUGAAUUGAAAAAAGUUAAUAAUAAUAGUCACACACGGAAAGUGUAUAAUUACUUUACACAUGCAAAUAGUAAAUUUUGGACACAAAGUACUCCCAAAAUGAUACAAUUUAGUUGUAAAAGUACAAUUUAGAAUUGCAAGUACAAUUUAGUUGCAAAAGCAUAAUUUAAAACCAAAAGUACAAUUUAGUUGCAAAAAGGUUAAAAUAGUGUUUUCUGAAACAUUUAGUUUUCUUAUAUUAAAGAUAAUUUCAUUUCUUAAUACAUGUCAAAGUGUUAAAAUGACUUACAAUUAAAAAAACUGUAAC